AAAACUUAUGUGUACGCCGGUUACCUCUUAUUUAAAGAGUAUCGUACUGAAGGGAGGGAACAGAAUUAAUGGAAGAGGUACAGACAGUCACAUCGGGCAGCAGUGGUCAGGGUAAUGAAUCAGAAUCUGAUGUUGCUGGACUUCAGGUCAAGGAUAACUCAGCAGACAUGGAGAAAGAUUGUUUUGACAAUAUAGAGGAACCUGAAACAUCGCAAGAUAAUGGAAUAAAACAGAAGAGACCGCCUAGGUCUGAAAGGAAGAGAAGAAGGCAUGAAGAAAUCUUGUUGAAGAGAAAGGAGGACAGAAAGAGGAAAAAGAUUGAGAGGAAAAUGAGAUUGAAAGAACAAAGAAAUGAGAAAGAUGAUACUGAGGAAAGGUUAAAUCCUCGUGAAUUGAAAGAGGAGAGAAGAAAGCGAUGUCAAGAAGCAUUGAAUAAUGGACAAAAGAUCUGUAUAGACUGCAGUCUGGAGAGCUUUAUGAGUGAAAAGGAAAAAGGAAAACUUGCAAUGCAGAUAGGAAGACUUUAUGGUUCAAAUUUAAGGGCAGAUAAUCCAGCACAUAUUUACCUCACAGGAUUAAACAAAGGGGGAACACUCUAUCAGGAAUGCCUGAAGAAAAUGGAUGGCUUUGAAAGUUACCUGAUAGAUACCAAAGAGGAGACGCAUUCAGAGUUAUUUCCCCUACAGCAGGUUGUUUGCCUCAGUCCUGAUUCCAACAGUCUUCUCACUGACAUAGAUCCUGAAAAAGUCUAUGUGAUUGGAGGUUUGGUUGAUGAAAAUAUCAAGCAACGUAUAACCGAAAAUCGAGCUGCUGAAACUGGUAUAGAGACAGCAAGACUUCCUAUUGAGGAGAAUAUGGUGAAACUAGAGCAGUCAUCACACUCACAGGUCCUUGCUGUAAAUCAAGUGUUUGACAUUUUGAUCUCGUAUAUUUCAAUCAAAGAUUGGAAGAAAGCCCUGGCAGUGGGUGUACCGAGAAGAAAAGGAUAUACAAUCACACCAGAUGAUGCAACUUGACUGUUACUAUGUAAAUAUUAAAAUAAAAAAAAAUAGAU